AUGCUAGGAUUCAAGAGCUUAGUUCUGUCUCUAAUGUGGAAUAGACUCUAAGAACAUUCUAAUUGCAACAAAAAUCUAAAAGGAUUUGUUUAGAUUUAAAAUUUUAUCGCAAAUUUCAAUUAGAAUAUACUUAAUAUAACCAUCUAAUUGAAAACAUCAUUCGCCUAAGUCAAAGUAAAAUAUGAAGAAUUCUCAAAAUAAUUAGAAAAUUUAAAAAUACAAUUAGUUAAGAUAUCUGAAUGUUUCAAUCAAUAAGAUUAUUAAUAAAUGAAAGACAAUUUGUAAGUGAUUAAGGAAUGGUAUUAAUAUUUCAACAAUUAGGAGGAAAUUAUGCAGCAGAAUUAAAGUGGUAUUCUAUAUAUGAAAUAUUUAUAGGAACUUUGUUAGUUAGAAUAAAAAGAAUGAUAAAAGCUUUGGAUUUUUAAGAGGGAUAAUAAAUUUAACAUUUUAAAUAAGAUAAUGAAGAUGAGCUCUAGCAAGGUAUACAAGUGUUUUAUUAUUCAAUUAGCAAUUCAAUUAAUUAAUGAGUAAAAAUGGCAGGAGGCUGAUGAAAAGAUUACUAAAUACAUAAAAUUAUCAGAAAAACAAUAUUCAUUGGCAACCCUUUUCAAAAGUAGUUCUAUAAAUUUAUAUAUAAUUAGUGUUUGUUUAUAAAUUAGAUUAUCCUAUUAUUUUAUAAUCAAAAUGAAUUAACCAGGAUAAGGAAUGAUUAUGAGAGAAUAAGCCAAAAAGAUUAAUCAUAACUUGUAUAAUGAUCUAUUGGAAUUUUCAGAUCAAGGAUUAAUCAAAACACCAUAUAAUUUUUUUAUGUUAAUAACAAAAAGUUAAUUGAUUAUUUGAUGUAUAUAGGCUAUGCUUUAAAUGAAGAGAAGAAAUUUCAAGAGGUGAUUGAAGUAUGCGAAAAAGUUUUGAGAGAAGAACCCAAAUAUCUUCACGCUUUAUAUAGAAAAAGUAAUUAUUUAUAUUAAAUAAACAGGCUACUCCUUAUAUGUUUUGACUCAAUAUUCAUAAACAAUUUCAUGUAUUGAUAUAGCUCUAAAAUAUAAUCCAUAGUACAGUAUUGGUUAUUUUAUUAAGGGUAUUGUUAAGUCAUUAUUUUAGGCACUGCCUUAUAUAAUCUUAAUAAUUACAAUGAUGCAAUUGCUUGUUAUGAAAAAGCAAUCCAAUUAGAUUCAAAUUUCGCAAUGGCUUAUAAUAACAAAGGUAUGUAAUUCUUUUAUAGUAAUAGGUAGUGCCUUGGAUAGUCUUGGGAAUUACUCUGAUGCAAUUGUAUUCUAUGAUAAAGCAAUCCAAUUAAAUCCAAAUUUUGCAAUGACCUAUAAUAAUAAAGGUGUGUAAUUUCUUUAUUAAAUUAGAUAAUGUCUUACAACAAAACAAGAGUACAAUAAGGGAGGAUAGAUAGUCUUAAGAAAUAUGAUGAUGCUAUUGAUUGUUAUGAUAAAGCAAUACAACUAAAUCCAAAUAAUCCUAUGGUCUUUAAUAGUAUAGGUUUUUAAUAUCUUGAUUAUCUCAGGUAGUGUCUUAUAAAAUCUUAAUAAAUUCAAUGAUGCAAUUGUUUGCUAUGAUAAAGCAAUCUAAAUAAAUCCAUAUUAUGCAUUGGCCUAUAAUAAUAAAGGUAUAUAUUUUAUUAUAUUAGGUAAUGCCUUAUAAAAUCUUAAUAAUUUCAAAGAUGCAAUUGAAUGCUACAAUAAAGCAAUCCAAUUAGAUCCAAAUUUUAUAAUGGUCUAUAAUAAUAAAGGUUUGUAAUUUCUGACUUUAUUAGGUAUCGCUUUAUAAAAACUUAAUAAUAACUAUGAUGCAAUUUAUUGCUAUGAUAAAGCAAUCCAAAUAGAUCCAAAUUUUGCAAAGGCUUAUAUCAGUAAAGGUUUAUAAUUUCUGGAUUAAAUUAGGUGAUUUGCUAAAAAAUAUAAAGAAUUACUCAAAAGCUAUAGAGAAUUAUGAGCAGGCAAUUAAGUAUUGCAAAUCAAAUGAGGAUGAAUUUAAACGUUUAAUGAUGGAAUUAAAAAAUGAAUAAUUGCAUAUAUCAUUAAUAAUCAAAACUUGA